AUGAUGGACAGCCGGCUGCUUGAUGCCGCGGCAUCUGGUGACGCGACAAUGAUGAAACACUUGGCCCUUCAUGACCCAGCCGUGCUGCUUGGAACAACUCCACAGGGCAACACCUGCCUCCACAUCUCCGCCGUGCAUGGCCAUGAUGGAUUCUGCAUGGAUGUCACGGCCCUGAGCCGGUCGCUCCUCUCCGCUGUCAACAAUGACAGGGAGACUCCACUUGUCGCAGCAGUGACAAGUGGCCGUACCAGUACCACUUUAGCUUCAUCUUUUCUCAGUGAACUUGCGCUGGAGCUGAUCGCAGUGGAGCCUGCUUUGUCCAAAGCUGUGAACAAAUACGAUGAGUCACCCAUGUUCAUCGCGGUGAUGAGAAAUUACAAGGAUGUCUCCGAGAAACUGUUGGAGAUUCCUGAUUCUGCUCAUGGGGGGAUGGAGGGCCAGAAUGCUCUUCAUGCUGCGGUGAGAAAUGGAAAUUCAGCUAUCGCUAAACAGAUUAAGGAGACACGUCCUGCGCUCGCAACAGAAGAAGACACGAGUACCAACACUCCACUGCACCUGGCUGUACUUCGGGACAAGAUUGACGUGCUAAGUGUACUGUUGGAUCAUGAUCGGUCUUUAGGAGGCCAUGUUGGCGUUGCCCGAGAGCUUCUUAAACAUUGA